AUGUCGGCGAGGGCCUGCCUCGCGCUGGUGGCCCUGGCCGCCACGGCCCGCGGCCUGGACAUCAAGGCCGAGGCGGUCGAGACCAAGGACACACUUAUGCCGUUCAAUGUCAAGUUCGACCUCGCGAUAAGGGGGUCUGGCCGUGCUGGUGACGUGCAGAAUGCCAGCUUCAAGGUCAGGAUCCACCCAGAGUGGGCCUCCGGAGGGGCGGCGCAGUUCAAGAGGCUCGCGGAGGAGGGCUGGUACGACGGCGCCGCCUUCUUCCGCGUCGUGGACGGCUUCGUCGCACAGUUCGGCAUUCCUGCGACGCCGCACCCCGAGCCCGAAAAGAUCAGGGACGACCCCGUCAAGCGGAGCAACAAGCGCGGAACCAUCGUCUUCGCAACCUCGGGCCCCAACACCCGCACCGCGCAGCUCUUCAUCAACCUCCACGACAACAGCUUCCUGGACAGCCAGGGCUUCGCCCCGUUCGGGGAGGUGCUGGGCUCGCUCAGUAUGGGCGUCGUCGACCAGAUCUACAAGGGCUACGGGGAGAGGCCCGACCAGGGCAAGCUCGCCGAGAGGGGCAAUCGCUACCUGGACGCCGAGUUCCCCAUGCUGACGAAGAUCUCGAAGGUGACGGUCCAGGCGUGA